AACUCACUUUCAACUUCUCUUAUCCUUUUCAUCUUCUUCUCCCUCGAACAUCCCAAACACCCCCCACGUUUGCAAACAAGGGAUCGUUUUCUUUUUCUUUUCUCUUUAUUUUCAUCUUUUCCUCAACAAAGAAAAAAUAAUCCGAAUUACGAAUUAGUUCCCACCAUGGCGGACCGCUACAUUCCCGAGCACCGUCGUACCCAGUUCAAGGCCAAGAACACCUUCAAGCCCGAUGAGCUCCGUCGUCGUCGUGAGGAACAACAGGUUGAGAUUCGAAAGGCCAAGCGUGAGGAGAAUUUGGCCAAGAGAAGAGGCAUUCAAUCCCGCGAUGGAGGCGUUACUGUAGGCGGUGGCCUCGUCGACUCCCACCAGGACAGCGAUGAUGAGGGCGGUAGCAUUGCCAGCCAGCUCAGUGAGGAGCUUCCUCAAAUGGUCAAGGGAGUCUUCUCCGAGGACAUCGAGGCCCAGAUCCAAGCUACCACAAAGUUCCGAAAGCUUCUAUCCAAGGAGCGUAACCCGCCAAUUGAGGAGGUCAUCAAGACUGGUGUCGUCUCUCGUUUUGUCCAAUUUCUCUCUUCGCCUCAUACCCUUGUCCAGUUUGAAGCUGCUUGGGCUCUUACCAACAUUGCUUCUGGAUCCGCCCAGCAGACUCAGGUCGUCAUUGAAGCUGGUGCCGUCCCCGUCUUUGUGGAGCUGCUGAGCAACCCCGAGCCUGACGUUAGAGAGCAGGCUGUGUGGGCUUUGGGUAACAUUGCUGGUGACAGCCCUGUUUGCCGUGACUAUGUUUUGGGUGCCGGUGCCCUCCGACCCCUCCUUGCCCUUUUGGGUGACAGCCGCAAGCUGAGCAUGCUUCGCAAUGCCACCUGGACCUUGAGCAACUUCUGCCGUGGCAAGACUCCCCAGCCGGACUGGAAUACUAUUCUUCCCGCUUUGCCCGUCCUUGCUAAGCUUGUUUACUCCCUGGAUGAUGAGGUCCUUAUCGAUGCUUGCUGGGCCAUCUCGUACCUUUCAGAUGGUUCCAACGACAAGAUCCAGUCCGUCAUCGAGGCUGGUAUCCCUCGUCGUCUUGUAGAGCUUCUCAUGCAUGCCUCGACUUCUGUGCAAACCCCGGCCCUCCGGUCCGUCGGAAACAUUGUCACUGGUGACGAUGUUCAGACUCAGGUGGUCAUCAACUGUGGUGCUCUGCCUGCUCUCCUCUCGCUCCUGGGCUCCUCCAAGGACGGUAUCCGCAAGGAGGCCUGCUGGACCAUCUCCAACAUUACUGCUGGAAACUCUACUCAGAUCCAAGCUGUCGUUGAUGCCAACCUCAUCCCUCCGCUUAUCAACCUCUUGUCCAAUGGCGACUUCAAGACCAGAAAGGAGGCCUGCUGGGCUAUCUCCAACGCUACGUCUGGUGGAUUGCAGAAGCCUGAACAGAUCCGCUACCUGGUAUCCCAAGGCUGCAUCAAGCCCCUCUGUGAGCUGCUCACCUGCCCCGACAACAAGAUUAUCCAGGUCGCUCUCGACGGCCUCGAGAAUAUCCUCAAGGUUGGCGAGCUUGACAAGAAUGCGGCUGCUGGCAACGCUGCCGAGAACAUCAACAAGUUCGCCUUGUUCAUUGAGGAGGCCGGUGGCAUGGAGAAGAUCCACGACUGCCAGAACAACGCCAAUGAGGAUAUCUACAUGAAGGCUUACAGCAUCAUUGAGAGAUAUUUCUCUGAUGAGGAGGAGGCCGCUGGCGAUAUUAGCGAGAUCGCCCCUCAGCAAGGCGAGGGUGGUACCUUUGGUUUCGGUACUCAAACCCAGCAGCAGGGUGGCUUCAACUUCGCCGAAAACGCUGACUCGAUGGACAUGUAAAAUGCGUGAUCCCGACUGUCUAACUUUGGCGAAG